AUGACUGAAGAUUAUGAACAAGGAAAUCUCAUUGCACAAGCAGAGGUUUUUCUUUCUGAAGUCUUCAGCAAUUGGAGAGACUCCAUAGUAGCUCUUGAAACAUGUGAAGAAGUUCAACGAUAUGCUGAAGAUCUCCACAUUGCUUCAAGAUGCAUUGAUUCCUUGGCCAUGAAAGCUUGUGCAGACCCAAAGUUAUUCAGUUGGCCUAUAGUAGGAGGAAAUGACGACAUGAAGAACCCAACAGCCACUAUCUUAUGGAAUGGAAUAGUUUCUGAUGACGCUAAGCCACAAUCUCCCUCUGAUGAUUGGUGGUAUGAAGAUGCAUCCUUACUUAGCUUAUCUCUCUAUAAACGAUUGAUUCAAGCGGUUGAAUCGAAAGGAAUGAGGCCUGAGAGUAUUGCUGCUUCUCUCAUAUUCUAUGCUAGAAAGUAUCUCCCCUUAAUGAAUAGGCAAUCAAGCUUUAACGACACAAAUUAUGUAAACUCAGGCACAACCAUUUCUAACAUUUCUGAGGCAGACCAGAGGGCUCUACUUGAAGAAAUUGUGGGGUUACUUCCUCAUCAGAAAGGAGUCACAUCCUCAAAAUUUCUGCUUAGGCUGCUACGAACUGCUAUGAUCUUACAUGCAAGUCCAUCAUGUAGAGAAAAUUUGGAGAAAAGGGUAGGUGCUCAGUUGGACCAAGCUGUGCUCGUAGAUCUUCUCAUACCAAAUAUGGGUUAUUCAGUGGAGACUCUUUAUGACAUAGACUGCAUUCAGAGGAUUCUUGAUCAUUUCAUCUCAAUAAACCAGGCUUCACUUGCAUCAACUUCCCCGUGCAUAAUUGAGGAGGGGCAAUUGAUGAGUGGCACUGAUCCACUGACACCUAUUACUAUGGUAGCCAAUCUGGUGGAUGGAUAUCUUGCUGAGGUAGCGCCUGAUGUCAAUUUGAAGUUACCAAAAUUUCAGGCACUUGCUGCUGCACAUCCUUGGCUUACAGAUUCUGAAAGGGAGCAACUCUGCCGACUCAUGAACUGCCAGAAGCUCUCACUGGAAGCUAGCACCCAUGCAGCUCAGAAUGAGAGGUUACCUCUUCGAGUAAUUGUUCAAGUCCUCUUCUUUGAACAGCUUCGACUCCGUACAUCGAUUUCUGGAUGGUUUUUUGUUGACAAUCUUGAGAACUCACAGAACCCCAGUGGAAACCUUGGCCUCCCUACCAAAAAUGAUGUCUCUGGUCAAGUGGAACCUGCACAAGACCGGGCCGUAGGUGUUGAUCAUCAUGACAUGAGGGAACGUGUUUUAGAGCUUCAAAAGGAGUGUUCAAACAUGAAAAAGGAGCUGCAGAAGCUGGUGAAGACCAAGAGAAGUUGGAGCAUCCUUCCCAAAAGGCUAGGUUUUAGAAAAAAAUGGGAGCCUUGUAGUCCAAAAGAAUCAAAGCCCUCUGAUAGGAUGGCACCAGCACCAGCACCAUGUUGCAAUGGGCAACAAAAUCAUGAGAACAGCUAG